GUCCCCUGGGCCGCCCAGGCGCCGCCCGCCGACCCGCCAAAGAUGCCCCGAGCACCUCAGCUGCCCAGGUGGUUCCCACCAGACAGCGCUGAGGUCGGGUCCACCCGACACCGCCUUCAGUGGGCAGGGCAGCUCAGCAGCCAGGGGCUAUAACGCGCAGCCUAGGUGGUCUGGCCUCCGCUGUGGCUCUGCUGGUCAGCGCCGAAGCCUCGCUGGAACGCCACCUACUACAGCACUUGAGGAGCCAACCUGGAACCCAGGCACCGUCAUCCGCAACCUCCCGCACGGCUGCCCCUCGGACCAGAAUCCGACCCUGGUCAACAGCCGGGGCCUCGUGGACACGAUAAUUUGCGGAAGCGAAGCCAAAUCUUUCCAUUCACCUCCAACCCCGAAUUCUGCGAGAGUCUCUUGGGUUGCCUCCUCGGAAGCACCUCUCCCCUCCUGCCCGGUGGCACUGGCUGCUUGCACCCGCUUGCUCCAUCCUGCUGCACGUCCCGUGCGCCGAAACUCAGACGCGACUCGUUUCCUGCGCGUCGCACCGAUUGACUUUGACACCCGCAAGCUUCCCUCAACGGCCGCCCGUCGUUGAAAACACCGCCCGUCAUGUCUGGCACAAUGAGGGGGACGCCCAACCGUAACCAGAACCGGGGGGCGAUUCCAUUUGCCAACAGCCCUGCUGGCGGCUCGAACAUCCCUCGCCCCGUUUUGGACAGCCAGCCGAGUGAGACGAGCUCCUCGGUCAGCGCGAGUCGGCAGAAGCAGUCCAAGCGCGAUGAGGCCAUUCGCAGAAAGAUGGAGAACGACCUCUCCAAGAAGAAGCACCUUACGAACCGCGCCCGCCAUACCCGCAAGGCGCCCCCUGGCACUGUCCUGGCCCUUAAGCCGAGUCCAGCCCUGCAGAUCAAGCCCGCGACGACCGUCUCCGAGGCCGCCCAGCUCAUGGCCGCGAAGCGAGAGGACUGUGUCCUCGUCACCGACGACGAUGAGAGAAUUGCUGGCAUCUUCACGGCCAAGGACCUCGCCUUCCGUGUCGUCGGCGCCGGCCAGAAAGCUGCCAACGUGACCAUUGCCGAGAUCAUGACCAAGAAUCCGCUGUGCGCCCGAACCGACACCAGUGCCACUGACGCUUUGGACCUCAUGGUCCGCAAGGGCUUCCGCCACCUCCCCGUCAUGGACGAGAACCAGGACAUUUCCGGCGUUCUCGACAUUACCAAGUGCUUCUACGACGCCAUGGAGAAGCUCGAGCGCGCGUACUCGUCGUCGAGGAAGCUUUACGAUGCGCUCGAGGGCGUUCACUCGGAGCUGGGCUCCACUCAGCCCCAGCAGAUCAUCCAGUACGUCGAGGCUCUCCGCAGCAAGAUGUCUGGGCCUACCCUCGAGUCUGUCCUGAACGGCGUCCCUCCCACGACCGUCAGCGUUCGCACGUCGGUCAAGGAGGCGGCGGCUUUGAUGAAGGAGAACCACACCACAGCCGUCCUCGUCCAGGAUCAGGGCGCCAUCACGGGCAUCUUCACAAGCAAGGAUGUUGUGCUGCGGGUUAUCGCCCCUGGUCUGGAUCCUGCCAAUUGCAGUGUUGUGCGUGUCAUGACGCCGCAUCCCGACUUUGCGCCGAUGGACAUGACCAUCCAGGCAGCCUUGCGCAAGAUGCACGAUGGGCACUAUCUCAACCUCCCGGUUAUGAACGACGGCGGUGAAAUCGUGGGCAUGGUCGACGUGCUCAAGCUGACGUAUGCGACUCUGGAGCAGAUCAACACCAUGUCCAGUGGCGACGGAGAGGGUCCUGCUUGGAACAAGUUUUGGCUUUCGAUUGACCAGGAGACCGAGUCUAUGAUGUCUGGCGACGGCAGCCAGAGCCAUCACCAUACGAACCUCGGCUCGCGCGUCAUGUCACCCGACGUCACGCGCGACCGCCUCGGCGACAGCGUUGCCCCUGGUGACUCUGCCUCCCACGCCGGUGUAGAGUCUCCCCCACGAUCGAUUGCGCCGGAGACGCCCGAGGUCAUCAGCCCAGCGGAGACCCCGUUCCCGUUCAAGUUCAAGGCGCCGUCCGGCCGUGUUCAUCGCCUGCAAGUCACGGCGGCGCAGGGCAUGGAGGCGUUCGUCGUGGCCGUUGCCGCCAAGCUUGGCAACGAGGUGGACGGGAUCGGUGGGGUCCCUGUUGUCGAGGAUGGCAAGAUGGGCGGCGCCGGGUUUGCCCUCAGCUACAUGGAUGACGAGGGUGAUACUGUCUCCAUCACGACCGACAAUGAUCUGCUCGAGGCCAUUGUGCUCGCUCGUCAGCGCCAUCGCGAAAAGGUCGACUUGUUCGUGCACGAUCCUGAGAAGCCGCCCGUUGCUCCCGCGCCUGUGCCCGAGCCCGUGGCGCUCCCCACUCCGCCUACCUCUACGGUCCCUGGCCUGCGCGAGCGCCGGAGAGCUCGCGACGACGAGGACGAGGAAGACGAGGAUGAGGAGGAAGAGGAGCUGUCUACUGGCCGUCGCACGCGGAGGUCACGGACCUCUCAUGCGCAAGAACAGCUCAUUGCUGGCGUUCCCAACGACUUGCUGCUCCCUGGCGCCAUUGUUACCCUGGCCGUGGUCAUUGUUGGCGUCUUCACCAUUGCAAGAGCAACCAGCCGAUAAGCAGGCCGCUGGACCCGCUGUAGCUCGUGUAAUGACAUUACGAAGUCUGCUGUAGGCGAUUGUAAAUAUAGUAUGCUGUCUUGAUAGAUUCUCGUUUGUCAUUCAUGCCAAUUUAUUUCUACUUCGGC